AUGAUGAAAUUCAAGUUUUCUUGCUUCUGCAAGGACGCGAAAGCGAUCGCUGUCGUCAAUCCUUCGCGUGCUCGCACUACGGCUUCAAGAAGCGCCUCCGUCUCUCCUUUGCUUCCGGAUGCGUCCGCUUCUCUUGUCCCUCUUUUUCCCGCUUCGCUCGAAAAUGAUCACCAUAUUACUUCUCUUGCUCCUCCAACUCCACUCCCUAGUUCGCUUCGAACUCGAAACAACUGGGUUUACGAAACCGCCCUUCUCAAUCACCACCACCUCACCACCACCCUCUCCUGGUACACAACACCGACCGGUAGCCGCGAACUUCUUGUUAGCCUUCACGUCAUUGGCGGCGAGGACCCAUUAACUCACUUCAAGUACAAAGUCUGCAUAAACCCCAGCGUCUCUGAGCAGAACAGAGGCCAAGAACUAACCAAGUACGCGAGCUCCGAAAUAGCGGUCGUCUGGGAUUUCUCCCCGGUUAAGUAUGACACGGGACUGGAACCGGUCGAGGGGUUCUCCCUUCUGGUCCUGGUGGACUCACAAGCAGCUUUUCUUCUCGGGGACAUCUGGAAACAGUGUACCGACAUGUUCCAAGUGCUCGAUUUCUUUCUCGUCUCGCGAGCAGAGUGUACAUUGGCCUGCGAAAACGAAAGACUCCAUGGCAUCGAGGCUCGGCUCACCGGAAAUGGACCAUUUGACGAUGUUCUGAUACAGUGCAGAGGAAUAAAGACGGAGGAGGGUCUGGAGAAGAAUCCAGUGCUGUCCGUUCAUAUCGGGAAGGAGCCUGUAUUGAAGGUGAGGAAGUUGCAUUGGAACUUCAGGGGAAUGCAGACGAAGGUUUUGGCGGAUGGCUUGGUGGUCGAGAUUGCAUGGGAUGUACAGGCUUGGUUGUUCAGAGAAGAAAAAUCAGAUGCAAAAGGAAAGAAGAAUCCACCAGAAUUUGCGACGUUCGCUCUCAUGACACAGCAUCGAUCCAGCUUUUUUCAGUGUUGA